UUCACCCACUCAAUAGUUUAAGUAAUUUGCGUUGUUUUGGUCGUAGUCUGACAAAGAGAACUAGCAGACAGAGAAAGAAGGAAUCAAAAGAGAAUUUCACAUUUAGUGGAGCGGUAGCAUGACUGUUUUCAACAAAAAAAUACAUUUGGAAUAGUCUUUCACGUCGUCAGCCAGCAAGGAUUAUCGACAAUUGCUUCUGUGUUUAUGGGGGCGAAGUUCUCAAAGAAACGUCGGUGCGUUUCUUUUGGCCUGAAAUCGGGAAUUUUGUUCAUUUGUGUCCGAUUUGAAUGUUGGUCGGUCUGACACUGGGAGCCGCCAUGGCUGGUGCUGUCGGAUCCUUUAGUGUCAAUAUAAGAAUAUGAAGAUUAGCUAUUGGACCUGAUAUUGUUUUAUUUUUGAGAAUCAUUCAACGUAAGCAGACUUGUCGUUCAUGUCAUUUUAUGUAGCCUAUUCCUCUUUACCGCGUUGUUUUUUUAAUGGACUGGCAACUUUGAGAGGCCCAAUUUUAUGAGACACCUGGCUCAGGCCGUUAUUUUCUAGAAUGCCUUUAUAACGUUAGCCUAGGUAAGUGAAAGGAACAUACAAAAUAAAAGGAAUGACAGAUUAUUGCUGAAUGUGGCUGGACGACAGCUCGAGAACAGACACAGCUGACCGGUUCGAAAUUAGUUCGCUAGCUAGCUGGCUGGCUAGCUCGUGUUAGAACGAUAUAAGAACAAGAAGCAGACAUCUAUCGUGGAAUUGGCUACCAAUUUUCUUUUACAUUUUUUAAAAUAAAAAACAACGCAUUCUACAAAGGACAGUCGAAGACUAAUAGAACUGUGAGAAAGUACGAUUCGACUGAAGACGAAGCAGGGAUAACUUGGAUUGGAAUAUGUCGGGUCGGCCCAGAACCACCUCCUUCGCAGAGAGCUGCAAAGCGGUGCCGCAGCCUUCAGCAUUUGGCAGUAUGAAAGUCAGCAGAGACAAAGAUGGCAGUAAGGUGACCACGGUGGUAGCGACCCCAGGCCAGGGCCCCGACCGGCCGCAGGAGGUCAGCUAUACAGACACUAAGGUCAUCGGCAACGGCUCGUUCGGCGUGGUCUACCAGGCUAAACUGUGUGACUCCGGGGAGCUAAUAGCCAUCAAGAAGGUUCUGCAGGACAAGAGGUUCAAGAACCGGGAGCUACAGAUCAUGAGGAAACUGGACCACUGCAACAUAGUGCGUUUACGCUACUUCUUCUAUUCCAGUGGAGACAAGAAGGACGAGGUGUAUCUCAACCUGGUUCUGGACUACGUUCCUGAGACUGUGUACAGAGUUGCUAGACACUACAGCCGAGCCAAGCAGACCCUCCCCAUGGUCUAUGUGAAGAUGUACAUGUACCAGCUCUUCCGGAGCUUGGCCUACAUCCAUUCCUUUGGGAUCUGCCAUCGGGACAUCAAGCCCCAGAACCUGCUGCUGGACCCGGAGACAGCCGUGCUCAAGCUCUGUGACUUUGGCAGUGCGAAGCAGCUGGUCCGUGGUGAGCCCAAUGUGUCCUACAUCUGCUCACGGUACUACAGAGCCCCAGAGCUCAUCUUUGGGGCCACUGACUACACCUCCAGCAUAGAUGUAUGGUCCGCUGGCUGCGUUCUAGCAGAACUGUUGCUAGGGCAACCCAUUUUUCCCGGUGACAGUGGGGUGGAUCAGCUGGUGGAGAUCAUCAAGGUUCUCGGCACUCCCACUCGGGAGCAGAUCCGAGAGAUGAAUCCCAACUACACUGAGUUUAAGUUCCCUCAGAUCAAGGCACACCCAUGGACUAAGGUGAGUCAACAGCCUUGUGUGAUUGGCUCUCAGGUGUUCCGGCCGCGCACGCCCCCUGAGGCCAUCGCUCUGUGCUCGCGUCUGCUGGAGUACACGCCCACAGCGCGCUUCACGCCCCUGGAGGCCUGUGCCCACACCUUUUUCGACGAGCUCCGGGACCCCAACCUCAAGCUGCCCAACGGGCGCGAGAAGCCCCUGCUCUUCAACUUCUCCACACAGGAGUUGUCCAGUAACCCCUCCUUAGCCUCCAUCCUCAUCCCCGCCCACGCCCGGAAUCAGCCCGGGGCCUUCACUCCUACCAACGCCUCCGCACCCUCAGAUGCCAACAGCGGAGACCGUGGCCAUACCACCAACGCUGCCUCCGCCUCCAACGCCUCCACCUGAGACCUUCCUGACACCGCUGCCCAUGCCCGAGCUCCUGGACAACAACAGUGGCAUGGCAGCACACCAACCAAUUAUUAAAGCAAAGCAAGAAAACUGACGCCCGAAAAGAUGAACACAAGGAAAACCGAAUCGGAACUUUGUUAUUCCCCUACCACUUCCACCCUCUCCUCUCCCAUCGUUUUAAUGUUUGUUUAUUUAUUUGUAUAAAAAGGACAACCGUGAUACGUUCUCAGAGCUGCUCUUCAUCUUUCUGUACUUUGAAGAGGAGGGGACCGGGUGUGUUGAGGGUAGAGAUAAUGUAUAGCUAUAUAAGUAUACAAAAGUACUCUGGCGUGUUAGUUUCCAUGGACAAUCUUCUUUUUAUCGUAUGCUAGAUAAAGUCAUCCCACUCUCUCUGUGUAGGAGAGGCCUCUACUUGCGUCCUGCAACAGCCUUACGUUCAGACUGUGGCCCCUCGGGGCCCCUGUCGACCCCUUCCCACCCAUUCAUACAUAUACAUCUGAGGACCUUGAUGACGUUGCGACUUUUAAUGGUUGACCUCGAUAUCUGUGUCUGUGUUCAAUGUACACAUAAACAAUUGGUAUAUUGUA